AGUCUCUACAUUUCUCGCAGGGAAAGAUGAGAUGUGAGUAAAGAAUGGAAGGGCCACAGACAUCAGUAAUGAUAGAAGGUUUGUCGACUCUCGUAUGACUCACUCACAGUAGCAAGAACACGUGUGCGCGCCACUAUUUGUGUGUCGUUGUGACGACUGUUAUUUUUUUACGAUGGAGGGUGGCCUCUGUUUCGCCGUCGAUACGGAUCCCUGUGGAAGGAUAAGUACGAAGGUCGAGCGGAAAACCAGCAAGCCUUCAUCUGCGUCUGUGACCACGUCGGACGUGGCUGCAAAUCCAAAUGUCCCGGCGGAAAGCCACGCGCGCGUGCGGGACGAGAAGGGGCGGCCGGGCGAGGUGGCGAGCAGCACGUCAACUACGCCCGAGCGGUACCCUUUUCUGGAAAGAUUGCAGGUUGUGAAAAGCCAGCUGCUAGAGACACGGGCUCGACAGGAUCGGUAUUUUGCGACCUCCUGCCCAGAAUUGGGCAGACCGUGCUUCGUUUGCGGGCAGAUCGGACAUACCAAGAAGGAUUGCCCGAAGCGACACCGGAACAACGCAUCAGAGUCCAAAGCAGGCGGGCAGAAUAAGAUGAAAUUAUGCAGCGAAGAGAACAAAACGGCGGCUGGCUGCACUAAAGUAGAACCAGCGCGAGUGCUCACGGAGGAUCUACUUCCCGAGAAGAAGAGAAGACGGAAGAGUAAUUCCGGUGCUGUUGUUCCAACAGCAGCAAAAGCACGACUCAGCAAUCGCGCCGAGGGUCGAUACCCAGCGCUCCUUCAGGACGACGGGUCGAUGCCCAUCGAGUUACCUGCCUCGCUUGGAAAGAUGUGGGCGGCUUUGCGGGCCGCGGGCUCGACUCGUGGGCAACAAAAUGAACCUGGUCUUGAACAAACAGACGAGGGAAAUGCAGCGAGUAAGAAAAGUAGCAAGAAGAGAAAGAAGCACCACCGCGAAGACGCGUUGUACCGCGAGCUAGAACUGACACGAGAUGAAAAAAAACAGCUGCUGACGAUUCCAGUUGAGCUUGCAGGAGGUGACACCAAAAUAAAUGCGGCGCCAUCAAUACUAGAAUCUCAGGCAACUGCACCACAAGACCGUUUUUCCCUAGAAUUGUGGUCCGCUGCGGAGCGGACCGAGCUACUCUGCUCGGCUCCCUCUGAUCACCCCGAUUCAAUGGCCGUGGAUCCGCUGGAGCGGCGCUGCCUGGUUUGCGGCGACCUGGGACACGGACUGGGUCUGGAGAAAUGCCCACGGGUGGCCGAGGAGCGGCGUCGCAAGUACGAAGAAACGCAAGCCUACUACCGAGCCAUACGGGAGCGGGAGGCGGCGAACUCCACUUCGUGGGACCAAGAAUCCUGGGACAAUUGGUAUUGGGACGAUGCAGCGGGUGUGUGGAAAGAAAAAUCAAACAACAAAGGGAACAAUGCUGCGCGAAACGAAAAAAGCAGACAAGAAGAGCGACCACAAUCUGUUUGGGAGGGUUGUUCCGGAGAACGAGCUUUUGGAUCGGGAUCUCGCAGAAGUUCGAAGAAGAGAGCGGGCUCGCCUCAUGCCGAUCAGGCAGAUUUUGCUACGCACCGGCAUCGGAAUUCAUCUUCCUCGAUAGGAAAUCAAGAAAAAAAAGCCUCUAGUCCCGCAAAAUCAGGGAAAAAAAAGAAGUCUUCCAAAAAACAAAAAGCGGCAUGAGGCAUCUUUAGCGACAUACUUGCGUAGUUCUUCGACAGGUUUUUACCAGCGACAUGAUUUUGCUAUCAGAUCUGGAAUAAUUUCGCAGGAAUUGCAAGCAAGUGCCGGGGUAAGUAUUUAUUUUAGUCUGACCGACUCGGACACCUGUAUGAUAGAGCCCCCCACUCG